CAUAGACUUCACAACUAGUUGACGGGAAAUCUCUUCAGUCUUGGCGCGCUGGCUUCGCGUAAGGGGCCGAUUGUUAUGGCGACUUUCACUGCGACAACUCAAACACACUCUGCGUUCUUACUCCGAAUUUAAGUGGAAACAGGACGAAAUCUUCAAGUUUUAGUGCAUACAAGCAGGCAGGAGUGUCUCUAGAGUGAUUUGGUCGAGGAUUCAAGGUAACUUAUAUAAAAUAGCACCAUGCGUGCACUUUGAAAACGUUGUGUAAAAAAUGGCAAAUUUGCGUAACUUUAGGUUGAAAUCUUUACGUAAAAUGAAUGAUAACUGUAGGAUAGUGAAGUCCACAGUUUUACGUAUUAGGAAACAAGAAAUGUACGUUUAGUUAGUGCCUACAUGGCAACUCAGCUCAGUUCCCGCGUCGCCUAACUCGCCUUAGGCACGCAGUCAGCUGGGCACUUCCCCUCUGUAAAGGAUUAUCGCUGUCCUGCCUCUGUUUACUCUCCAAGUAAAGGACCUACAGUUAUUCAUCGUCUCUGUACCCUUCCCCACAACUGCAAGGAUCCAGAGGACGAUACAAGAAGACACAGAAGGCAGUGGAUCGAGUGGAAGUUCCUCCAGGAGAUUGGCGAGAUUUGCAAGGUUUGGGCCGGCAAGGAGAAGAAGAAGAGGGGGACAAAGAUCGGCAGGCUGCCGACACCCACCGCCUCGGCUCUGCACAUCACGUGCAAUGCCCUGCCCGCCUCCUGCAGGGACAUCAUCCUCCGCAAGAUCCCCGGGGUCGAGUAUGUGUGCAUGGGGAAGGCCAACUCUGACCCGACUGAGCACUUCGGCAAGCGCCGCACCAUGUGCGGCGCCAACUACUGGACGAGCGUGCAGAACUUCAUGGUGAGCAACAGGUUGGCCCAGCGCCUGCAUUUGCUGAAGCUCGUCGGGUUCGUCCCCGGGGACGUGCAGGCCGACCUGGACCGGGCCAAGGCAGAGGAGAAGGAGGACGACGAGGUGAUCUUGGCCCAGCUUGCCAGGGAGCUGGCCGACGACCAGCCGGACCCGCCGACGGACGAGUUGCUCCUCGCCGCGGUCGGCAACUACGCCGGCUACCUGGCCAGGAAGGUCCAGGCCAACUCCUCUGUGGCCGAGUGCUGCAAGCAGGAGCUUGCCCAGCAGGAGGAGAUGAAGAUUACCGUGGAGCUCGAGAGGGGCGACCCGCCCUCUGUGAUUUUCGACGCCCUGGUCGAGCUGGUCGACAGGGGAGAGCUGGAGACGGGCCGGGCGGUCCUGAAGCGGCCAUCUCUCCCAAUGGCCCACAUGGCGUCCUUCGGGAUGUCGCUGUGGGACUCCCUGAUGUGCAGGGAGGACAAGAAGGAGCGCAGGUUGAGGUUCCUCUCCCUUGCCAUGCGCCACAGGGACGGGUUCAGGCACCUCCUGGAGUUCCUGGCGGCCUCAGACCCGACCUUGCAGGGGUACAGGUGCCAGGAGGGUCACAACCUGGCCAACACCAUCUUGCCGCACAUCAGCAGGUCCCUCUUCAACUGUUUCGGUGCUAAUUUCUCCAAGGACGUGACCUCAGAAGCGAGGAAGAACAAGGCCUUGAAGCAGCCGACCGGCAGGAAGAGGAGCAGUAUCGAGGAGGGCAGGAAGGAGACGGCGAGGAACAGGGACGUGUACAAGUCCAGGAAACUGACCGGGGCCCACAAGUCAUAGGCCAAAAGGCUAAAGUGAUUGUUCAGGGACGAGGGCCAGAUAGCCGGCAAGACGUGCUGCGGCAAUAGUGACAUCGGAAUUCAACCAAAAUAAGUUGUGAUUGUAUAUAGAAAAAUGAAUAUUUUGCUUUUGUUGAGUAAAAUUAAGAUGUUUCUGCAUGCUUUCCUCAAGUAUUAAGUUUCUAAUGUGAAAAUUAAGUGAUUUAUUAGAUGUUAAAAACUUACGUAAAAAAUUGCACUAAAUAAAAAAAAUAAGUAGCUAUUUCGGGCAAAAACUUAUAAGAUAUGCUAAAUAUUGCUAUUGAUUCUGAAAAUAUAAGUGAUUAUCUCUGCAUUUGGUGAUGUUUGUGCAUCUAGCGUAAAAUCUAAGGAUUUUAUAGCCUUUUUAAGUUUUGUUAUACUUAUAUAAAAAACAAUUAAUCGGGAUUUUAUUAGGGAACGACUUUGAAUUUUGUGAUACCGCUGCUCAUGGAGACUCAUAUAUG